AUGAGCUUCAUUGACGACGGCAUCGACUUAGACCCCUCCGAUUUCGGCACAUCAGUCCCUCUAAAGAAAGUCCCUAACGGCGACGUUUUCCAAGCAUCUCGCGCCGGCGACGUCGACCGUCUCCGGUACCUUCUCGAAUGCGGUGUUAACGUCAACGCCCGUGAUCAAUGGGACUCCGUCGCACUCUACUACGCUUGUCUCGCCGGUCACCUCGACGCCGCUCGUAUGCUUCUCGAAAGCGGCGCUAUUUGCUCUGAACAUACCUUUGACGGUGACCGUUGUCAUUAUUCUGCUCUCAAUUUGAAGGUUCGGAAGCUUCUUAAAGCGUUUGAAGCUCGUCCUCCGCCUUUGAACCCCUUGCAGUCUUCUCUAAGGGAUACUUUCUUCGCUUGCCCGGCUAAUUCGCAUUCUGGCGGCUUUCAGUUUCCCGGUAUUCCAUCCACUCAAGGGUUAAGCUCCAAUUACUUUCCUCCAGAUGUAGUUUUUACUGUACAAGGAAGACCUAUUGAAGCUCACAGGGUCAUAUUAAGUGCAAGGUCGCCAUUUUUCAAGAAAAAAUUUGAGACUGAUUGGAAAGAGCGCAGCGAAGUAAGAUUUUCACGGGAAAAACUGUCAUAUCCCGCGCUUUAUAGCCUUAUAAAUUUCUUUUAUUCAGACAGAUUAGAGAUUGCUGUGGAUGACAUGGAUGAUCUUGUGAGAAUUUGCAAAGUAUGCAAAUGUGAAUCUCUACAGAAAAUUCUCGAGAAAGAAUUGACUCAUCAAAAAUAUGCACUGUAUAAAGCUUUGAGUGAUGUAGACAAUUCUCAAAAACGGUUUAUUUUACAAGGUUUAUCCCUUCCUGAAGAAGACAGACUUCCUGCUGCCUUGCGAAGAAUCCUUCUGGCAGCCCUUUCAAAUUCCAUUCAUGAAAAUGGUCAAGAUAAUGGAAUCGAUAAAUUGGUAUCUAAGAUGGAUGCCAUGCAGAUAGAUAAACCUCUAAAUGAUCUUGCUGAUGUUUGCAUUAGAGUUGAUAGAAAAAAUUUCCGCUGCCAUAAAGUUAUUCUAGCAUCAAGGUCAGAAUAUUUCAAAGCAAGGCUAUCACGUAUGAAGGAUUUCCAUGAAGGGAAAGAUGAAUUGUAUAUUGACUUCCUUCCUUGUCUUGAAGAACAUGACAUGAGUGUGGAAGCAUUUGAGAAAAUGAUUGAAUAUAUGUACACUGAUCGUUUGCAGGAAAUAAAUCCAGAUCAGGCUGAGGAAAUGUUUGAUAUUGCUUCUAGAUACUUGAUGUUCCCUCUUAAGCGUGCAGUGGCUGAUGUCUUGGUGCCACACUUGGAAAUGGCGUCACCUGAAGAACUUUGCCAAUGGUUAAUGCUAGCUGACAUGUAUGGUGUUUUGAAGAUUCGGGAAUUCUGCCUAGAUACCAUUGCCUGUAAUUUUGAAUUAUUUGCGGAUACUAAAGAAUUCAGGGCAAUGCUGCUGACUUUGCCUCCACCAUCCGGAGACUCAUCUCUUCGUACCACUGUCCCAAGCAUGCCUGGAUCUACCCUAAAUAAUGAUCAAGGAAAUCUUCUUGAUGAUUUACGUGAUAAAUGGCUUGAAAUUGAAGCUGCUGAGCUUGACGAGAGAGAUGAUAGUGCUUUGCAAUUUGACAAGCGCCUAGAGAUGCUUAUGCUUGUUGCAGAGCAUGAGAAGUCAUCAGGUGAUGCUGAUUCAAAUUGUGUUAAAGAUGUCCCAUCUUUGGCUUUCUCUCCAAUCACUGCUGUAAUUUCAGGCGAACACAGAGAACCGUAG